AUAAACAUUUUUCUUUUUUAGGAAGAGAGUUACGAUGAGCAAGAAGGAGAUGACUUUAAUGAAGGAGAAGAUAUGGAUGAUGACGAAGGUGACGAGGGCACACAGACAGAUGAUUAUGAUGAUGACCAUCAAAUGCAAGAAGGAACCUAUUCGCAAGCUGAUGACGACGAAAUGUCUAGUGGGCCGUUCGAGACUGAGACAGAUAAUAUGUCUGAGCAAGCUGCCGAAGAAGUCGAAGUAGUGGUGCUCGAUGAUGUAGAAGACAACCAGAUGGAUGCACAAGAUACAACUCAAGUUCCAAGCAUUGGUGUUCCGGUUCAACUUGUUUCAAACGAUCCGGUUCCGUCAGUUGUGACGCCCUGUGCUGCCAUUGUCACGGAAACUCUGGCUGUUCCAUCAUUACCCUCUCGGCCUUCUCUGGUUCCCCGAAUUCCUCCUGGGAGGUCCGAACGAUUUCCAGGAUUAGUAAGACAUCAACUUACAUUCACAAUCAGUAGCCAAGUACCUGGUUACGAAGAAGGCGGUGACAGCAUAGUCCCCAGUACUCCGACACUCUUCGUUCCCCACAGAGUGGAUGGAUUUGCUGAAGCAGUGAGUUCUCCCCAUGUGCCUCAUGAUCGUUUUGUCUUCAAUAGCACGACCGACAUCCCCGCAUCGCAGCAAGCUCUGUCACAAUUGGCAACGCAAGGUUCUCUCAGUGUCGACGACACCAGAAUGGACCUCUCUCAGUUCGACGACGGAAGCGGAAGGAGCGUUCCAACCACACCCCUUCAGGUUUCGCCUCCAGAAGUGACGGUGACGGAAGUUCCCGAUUCGGUCAGCCCGGAUCAGUCGACCGUUUCCGUCAAUCCGUCCACGUCCCUCCAAAACAUUCCGACGAUCACCGUGUCGGAGACCGUCGAGGUGGGCAGAUCCGGACAGGGCGGCGGUGUUUCGGAACCGGACGUACCGAUCAUUCAGAUAGUGGAAGUGACGGGCAGUUCCGGAGAAGCGGAAAGCGAUCAGAAAAUCAUCGAGGCCGACGUAUCAAAUGAAGAUGCGGAAAGUUCCGGACCCAUCAUCGUAGAAAUAGUCAGUACGGCCGAGGAGAGCAGAUGCGAGGAGACGGCCGUCGCCUCUUCGGCAGUGGAACCCGACAGCUCCGACGCCGAUCCGCCCACGGCGGGAGAAUCCGAGACGGAGAAGACGGCGGAACCCUCCGCCUCUAGGAACCAGACCGGCCAAUCCAGGAAACCCAUCGUUUGGGACGAGGGGGCUCCCGGCAACCUUCCCCGCCCCUCGUCGCCGCAGCAGACCUUCUCGGUGCCGGCCUCGGUUCCGGCGCCCCGAUCGCAACAGCGGCAGUCGUCGCCCCCUCCCCAGAGGGCCACCCGAGGUCGGAGGAUCAGGCUCAGGGGCAACAGCAGCUUCUCCUCCUCUCGCAACUCCGGCGCCUGGAGCGGGAGGCGAGGCAGGGGAGGAGCGGGAAGAGGAUCCACCUCCUUUUGAGACUGUAUACAUAAAUAGGAAUUUCCCGAAUAUAUAAAUAGUUUGUCUAUCUCUACAAUAAAACGUUUUACGUAAGUCCGUAUUUGUCAACUCUUUAUUCCCAUCCGGACCGACUUCAUAACGCUCGUCCGGUCGUUCGGAUUAAGAUCGUCUGGACCCGGCAAUAAAUCGAUCGUCGAUUUACCGUUUAGGUAAUUAAAACUCAGGUAAGUUCCGGAAGAUAAUACCCGAACGACGAUCCGUCAGUCUCGUCGAUCUGCCACCGGUGGCGUAAUGUCGUCCUCGAUUUACGGCAGGCGUUUAGCCAAUCUGGUAAAAAUGCGCACCGGCCUAUUUACCUAGCCCGGGGGAGCGGUUGGUCGAAUGGGCCACCG